CGUCUCAAACAACUUAUACAAACACGUCGUCUUCAUCACCAAACGCUAUCUCUAACGCAGAUCCUAACGUUAACUUAACUAAACUGUUUAAACGGUUAUUAAAUGUAGCGGAAAGUCACCAUGACGGACCGAUAUUCGAAAAAGGAUUUGACCUCAACGAAACGGAGCAAAAAAAAUUUAAAAUAUGGCCUGAAGGAAAUAUCCCAUAUUUCAUUGACAUGCUGUCUUUUGAUUUGGAUCAAGAGAAUACAAUAAUAGACAUUUUUAAUAAAUAUAACAAGUUGACUGGAUUGAAUUUUUAUCGAAUUGACGAAGCUCCUGAAGAGGACGCCAAUUUUAGAUGGGUUUUGUUCGCUAACCGAAAAGGAUUUACUCCAUGCUUGCAGUACACUGUUGAUAAUUUUACUAAUGAAGGCAUGCAAAGAGUGAUUUUAGGUUGGGGCUGCAUCAGUGCGGGAGUUGGUUUUGGGCCAUUGGUUCUGGCGCUAGCGGGUGUCCCAUCACAGCACAACUCUCCAGACAGAGAUGAAUACAUUAAAAUUAUAUGGGACAAUAUUGUACCUAGACGAAGACCUCUUUUUACAAAAUUGAACAAUUCAGAUUGGUUAUUCCACAACCUAAAGUACGAUUUUUCAAGUGCUGGACAUUUUGACAACAUUAUAUUCGGUCUUAAUGGAAGCGUUACUUUCAAAAUCAUUAAAGUGGACGAUCGUGAUACAAAAGUCGAGAGACACAACGGCUUAAGUUACCUCGACAUAAAGAAAAUAAAAAUGUUGUACAGCUACAUCAGCAGGAAUCGCACCAACCCCCUGAACGAAACCAGGAGUAAUAACAACGACACAGAUAUGGUAGAUGAUGGUUUGCCAAGGGCUAAGCCAAAUAGGUACCUUGGUCUCCCUGAUCCUACUACAACAACAACUACAACAACAACAACAACAACUACUACUACUACUACAACAACAACGGAAACACCAAUGACAAUUGAUUAUAGAAGGCGAAGAAAUGGAAGACGUAGACGUUAUGGAAGAAUUCCUCGACGACUUAUGGAUGACAUGCUGAUGUUACUAUUAUAA